GCCCGGGCGGGGCGGUGCCUACGGCGGCCGGGAGGGCCCAGGCGCGGCGGGCGCGGCGGCGGGAUGGAGUCGGUGGUCUUCAUCUUCUCGCUGAUCGACUGCUGCGCCCUCAUCUUCCUCUCCGUCUACUUCAUAAUCACACUAUCAGAUCUGGAAUGUGACUACAUCAAUGCUAGAUCGUGCUGCUCCAAGCUCAAUAAAUGGGUGGUGCCUGAGGUGAUUGGCCAUGCUGUUGUCACGGUAUUAAUGCUUAUUUCAUUGCACUGGUUCAUCUUUCUCCUUAACCUGCCAGUGGCCACAUGGAAUAUAUAUAGGUACAUUAUGGUGCCAAGUGGAAACAUGGGAGUAUUUGAUCCCACAGAGAUCCAUAAUCGAGGACAACUGAAAUCACACAUGAAAGAAGCCAUGAUUAAGCUGGGCUUUCAUCUGCUCUGUUUCUUCAUGUACCUUUACAGUAUGAUUCUGGCUUUGAUAAAUGAUUGAGAAGUUGAAAGAGAACCAUUAGCUGCCAAAUUGGGUCAUCACUCCAGUGACUGGUUGUGGAGCCACAGACACCUCCUGAACACACCUAGAUCAGUGUCGUCAUGCAGUAUAUUUUUCCUCUUUGAACAAGAAAUAUUUUUCUGUAUUUUUAACAUAAAAUAUUUUCAAAAGGCAUUGGAUCUGUGUAGCAGUUGUUUUUGUUACUUUACAAGCCAAACUUCUGGAGCUGCUGUUUCUGUAAGAUGACAUCCUUGCUUACAGAAAUGACCUCAUAGCAAGUGAAAGGUGAUAAGGGAAACUCGUUCCAGCAGCAUUAGCUGCUAAUGAUGGUUGUUCCUGAACACAUUCAAGUGCAGCAAUGAUAUCUGAUUCCUGCUGAGAGGUGUCAGGAUGAGACUCGGGCUGCCAAGCUGUCCUAUCAGAGUUUAAUUUAAAGGAGCACUUGGAACAGAUUUCAAAGUGGAACAGAAACACAGCUUGCAUCUUUGUGUUGGUACUCUUUCCAGACAAAAAUCAAUGGAAUAAAAGUUACAUUUUCCUCCCUUUCCCCACCCUUCUGCAGCAAUCUAUAUGAAGUCUUGCAUUUGGAUGGAUUAAGAUCCCUUUGGUGGAUAUGACAGUUAUGUGUAAUAGUCCAGAUAAACGUGAUUAAUACUUGC